AUGCCCAAACGAUACCGGCUCCAGCCUCUGUCGUGGUUGGCCUGCCAUGCUGUGAACACAAUCGGAAGAGAAUGUCUUUUGUCUGCUGUUUUUGGCCCAAGCAAAGACGAAAAUGUCUCCUCCAAGUGGUCGUUUCUACAGCGGAAACUAGCCAUGAAUGUAGGUCUGAGAAGAAUCGAGUUGGACGACAAUUGUCUCCAACUGUCUGGCCGACAUGUACGCACACAGCCACAAAUACACAAAUACACAAAUACACAUCCACCCACCCCCCCUUCACAUACAGAGAGAGAGAGAGAGAGAAAGAGAGAGUUGUUUUUCAGCAUAUUCUGCACUUUUUGUGUGAUUGGCCCGUUUCCACGAGACCAGAGGUUCACACUUUUUGUCUCUGCUCAAUCCUGUACCACACCCUUCGGCCCCGUCGCGGCGCUCCACUGCGCCCAGACCGGACUCACUCGACGCUGUCCCUGGCAACGGUCCUCCGGCCGCGUCACUCCCUCUCGACAGGCCUGCACUCCGUGCGCCGGCCGCGCCGUCGCCAGUCCCGACUCUGAGACCGCCGAGCUCGCCGCACGUCGUCCUGUCGGGCCGCCACGCUCUCGAACCCUCUCGCCGAGACGCCGCGGCCCGCCCCCGUCACCCACGCCGACACCAACGCCGACGCCGACGCCGACGCCAACGCCGACGUCGACGCCCACGCCUCCCGGCCCGUCGGCCCAAUCGGCUACGAUUGUUCGAGCCCCGCUCGUCACCAUAGUUCCCGUCCGGCCGGGCCGACUCGAGCCCGCCGUCGAGUCGACCGGCCGAGCGCCGCUCACUCCGGGCCAGCACAUCUCCUGUCGCUCGGCCUACUUUCUGCACUACGAGCCGCCCAGCUCGAUUUCGCCCUCGCCCUCGCCGUCGCCGUGGCCUUCGCCGUCGCCGUCGCCGUCG